GCUGCUUGCUGAUACUUUAUUCGAGACCACUUUGCAGUUUAGCACAAAGUGGUUAGUGCCACUUUAGGCUUCAGAGCAAAGUGGUUCAAUCCAUUUUGAUUACAAUUCUCAUUAGAAACACUGGCUAGGGAUUCAUUUGAGAAUAAAACAGCAACCGUGAAGUUAGGCUAUAAAAAGGUUUCUAGGAUACUUGAAAAAGUCUGAUUUCAUUCCUAGGUCACUAUAUUAGUCAUUUGUUGCUUCUUUACAGCUUUCGCUACUCAACUAAUGACUGAUUGAUUGAUUGUCCAGUCAAACACAUAGACAUUUGUUAUCAAGGCUCAUCCUGGAAAAAGUAAACUUUUCCGAUUAAUCGAUCCCAACACUCUUCUCUCUCUACUAAUCUUAAUUAAUUAAUUAAAUUGAUACCCGAUAACCUAGCAUUAAUUAAAUUAACGCUUCACCUCUCUUCACCUAUUCAACAGCCUCUCUCAUCAUUAUAGCUAUAGCAACGACCUUUAUGAUACGAAUAGUAUAUGCACUCAUCGCUACUGUCUUAGAGUUAUCUACUAUUUAUCAGCUUAGUUUUAUUGACAGAUAUUUUUAAUACGAAAUGUUAAUAAUACGUGCAUUAUUUGGUGGCGCAUGUGAAUUUAUCGUUUCAGGUUUUUUGCAGCCAUUACUGGGAAAUUUAUUUUUCACUUUCUGAACGAGUUAGAAGCCAAUUGUGUCCUAACUGGUAAUGUUUAAUUGAGCGAUUCUCGGUGAGUGCAGCAUUAACGAAUUGAGUAAGAAUUAGUUAUAUCUGAUUAACCUUGAUAACUACUCUUUUUCCUUCUAGCUGAUCGAUCAUGUCAUGAAAUGUCUUGAAUCUGUCUCCGGUGUAACAGGAAGCAGGUCAUUAUACGCGAUAAGUAAGUGAUAGAUAGACAGUAGGUAAACAAUUAGAUUUCUUAGUUUGUUGAUGAGAUAUCAUUUAGUUGACUAGGAUACUUUUAAACUGGCACUAAAAAAUGCAGUCCUGAAAAGAAGAAUUUGUACCAGUGAAUUCAUUCUUUUACUUUCUUUUUCUGGUCGAACAACAACUUUGAAUUAUAUUCAAGGUUUUGUUAUUUAACCAUUUAGCACACUGAAAAAGCUAUCAUCUAACACCGUUAUGUUGAAUCCUCAGAGGUUGUUCAUGUAUUUUUAGGAUUUAUUCUCGCGUUGGACAUGUUAAUUAACCCAAAUCUAGAUGGUGACCUAUCUUAUUUAUUCUUUCUUUUCUUAACUUGUAUGUAAAGCAUUUGACUGUUUAACAGUACAACAACUGCAGACUUUAACAAAUCAAGCGGCAGACAAAUCGGCUUAUUCUCGCGGCAGAAUAUUACGUAAGCAGCCGUGCUGUAAUACAAAUAAGCAUUUCAAACGAGCGAUUUUCUAUUUGUUGAAUUUCGUCAUUUUUUUAAAAAGUCAACAAUAAAGAGUUAUUCCAGUUCAAAACAUUUGUCACAAAGAUACCACUCAAUUAUAUGCUCUUGUGGAACAUUACGUUGCAUAUUUAAUACUAAUUUCUUCAGUCACAAAAAAAAGUAUAAUAACAUAUAGAAAAUAGUAUUCCAGAUUAACGCUUACAUUUGUUAGUAGAAAUAGCUCAUAGAAAAUCGUGUAAAUAUAGAAAUAUCAAGUUAAUGAAUCUGCUGCGCUUUGCUUGAAUUAUUCGGAUCUGGUGAUGAAAUAUUGUAUAUAAUGGAAUAUUUUUUCUUGAACAGAUGGAAAUAGAAGAAAUUUACACCAUAUGUAUGGUAAAUGUCAGAAUGAAAAAAAAAAGAGAAAAAUGGGCGAAGGAAAAGAAAAAGAUGUUGAUGAUGUGUAUGAUGCUGGUGCAAGCUGAAAAAGAUAGACAUAACUCAACUAAAAGCUCUUAUUUGUGUGGAUAUGUUUCAUAUGGUGUAAAAAAUUGGUACGAGUGACGACAGUAUUUUCCAUAAGAGAAACAGAAAAGAAAGAAAAAUCAACGGCAACAACGACGAGAGCAUCAUCUGGUGAAUGGGUUUUCAUAUUGAUGAAUAGAAGAAAAAUCAUCUGCUGUUAUAAUAGUAACGGCAAAAUGUGUGCGUAUACUUCACAGACUGCUUAUCUGAACAAGAGAAAGACGUGGACUAGACUAACCACAUUAGAAAUAUAUUUAAAAAGAAUGUUAUAGAAAAAUAAUUUUUUGAACAUAUUACUUUGUGAACAAGAUUUUUAAUGGAAAAAACAGUAAGUUAUAGGAUACAAAACGUCUUAUUUUCUGUAUUGCAACAAUCUCAAAGAUUCCAGAGAAGUACUGUGUUACGAUGAUUAGCAAUAUUGACUUUCUCUUUGAGUUUUCAAGUGCAUCAGGCUAUAAUUAUCAUUAUAAUGUAACGAUAUACUCAAAUCAAUAAGACGUAAAAAACUCCAUUUUGUCUAUCGGCGUAAACUAGUUCAUAUCAUACAUACGAUUUUGACAAUCAAACGUUACUCCGGAUCUAACUACAAAAAAUUGUAAUCACUAAUGUUGCACGGACAUACUGCCAAAAUUUAUUUGCUCAUAAUUUGAUAAAAACAUAUUUUGGACUUCUAAGUUUGUUCGUACAAUCUGUUCUAGUGAACAGAGUUGAUCGAUAGGAGAACCGGCGAUUUCAUUCAAAUGUGCAGUAGUGGGGAUUGAUGGAGGAAUUAGUUUCAGUAACGGUGGAAUCUUUGAUGAUGAUGAACAAAAUCGCUUUGAUGCUGAUUCGUCAGGUUGCUCUUCAGGCACUGGAAGAUCAAGUGAUGAUUGAGCCACAUCUGUCACGGAUGCUGAUGACGAAACCGACACGAUUUUGUUCGGAUAAUAUUUAUCAUUGACCAUAUACGUUCGUUGAUUAUGUGGAAUUUUUGAAGCAGAUCUGAGACUUUCUUUUAGUCUUUGUCCUAAAAUCUCUAUGAUUAGUAAUAGUUGAAAACGAGUGACUGACUCGAGAAAUGAAAAGCGUGUGAUAAAAUAAGAAUCUUUUUGUGGCGAAACAGAAUAAGUCUUCUUGAGUUUCACUCAGUCGGCUUAAAAACAAAAGUAAGUUGCACUUUGAAUGCGAUUUGGACCCGUUGGCGCAAUUACUAUCUAUUAUAAGAGUAUAUCAUCAGUACUCAGUACACUUCAUUUGUUUCUGCUCCUUUUUGCUUUUCUUUCUCGUUCUAUAGUUCUAAAUGGCGAGAAAAAAAGAUAGAUGUGAGAAAUAUAGUGGAUGUAACAUCUCUAAUUAGCCACCUCUGAUCGGGAAAUAUCGCAUCCAAUAAGGAACAGUAGAUCUCAUAAAAAAAAAUGAAUCUAUUUAAAAGGCAAAAUCAUUAAAGAAUAACUUGUUGAUGAGACAACUAAAAUCACGAUCUAAUGCUAUGUACAUCAUCUUCAUUUAAAAAAUGGCAAAAAGAAACGCACAACAUGAAUUGAAACUAAAGAGCAUAAGUAGAAUUAAUGAUGAUGACAAUAACAGAGAUGAAUUGUUUCCUCUAUGACAUCGUAGGUACCUAUCUACUUCAGUCAAAACUUAUUCAAAAUACAUCGGCCUUCACACUGUUCUGAAACAGCUAGCUGGAUGUUUCUUUCUCUUCAGAGUUUAAUUCUCGGUUUUUUUGUCAUUCCUUAGAAUUAAUAGCUGCCACACCAACUAAAAACCUGUAUUUGAAGCUUCAUUUUUCUCACAAAACUCAUACGGGUAUCUGCCCACGCACAACGAAACUGUCCUCAGAUUCGAUUCAUUCCUUUAAUAUAGCAAAAAACUAUGAGUAACAGUAACCUUUAGUUGAUUUGCGCUUUUGUUGGUUCUUUUGGCACCAUAUUUUUUUGUUUAUUUUGUUUACUGUUCACCCCUAUUUAUUGUUGAAAAGACGUUUCUUUACGAAUGAAACAAGAAUCGAACAUAUCGUUGGUUCACAAAUAGUUCGGACAAAAGAAUUCUCCAUACUUGUUCUUGUUAAAUAGUGGGAAACUACAUGUCCUUGUUUUUGUCAGUCUGACCGUUUUAUGUUAAAAGUUUUUGUUUGUUUGUGUGUCUUGCUUCAUUCUGUGCUCAGCUGAGUUCAAAUAUCUCUAUUAUAUGUAAUUGAGUUCAGAUAACACCAUACAGGACAUGAGACAAUUCGUUCCUUCUGUUGGCAUCAUCAUCGAUGAUUCAAUGUACACAUCUCUUUGCGUUUUUUUAUUGAGCUUUCGAAUUUAAAUUUUGCCAGUAUGUCCAGUCAACAUUAGUUGACAUUUAAAUGACGGUGGCGAUUUUCAAAUGUCUAGUCGAUUCCACAUCUGCAUUUUCAGUUUCAGUUGUCAGUCAUAUGUUUGAAUCUUUGACAAUACAAACUAAGCCUCGUCUUUCCUUCAUUUUUAGCGAAAAUCAAGAAAAUCUGUUCAAGCUCUGUCAAUAUUAUCUAAAAUAACAACAAAUUCAAAAUCAAGAACAACAACUUUCAUCGAUGUAUGUUAUUUGUGUGGUCAUGGUCGAGCAAAAUUUCAGUUAAAUGCAAGUAAUGGUAGUGGUAAUAAAGAACCAGUAUUUCCAUUUCUGAACAAUAUUAAACCGGCUGAUGGAGCUGAGCCAAUAGACGACGGUGGGACGGUCAAUGUUUGUCACUUAUGUUAUUUAUUACUAACAAAACAAUGGGAAACAAACGAAAACAAAAUUGGUGGUCCCUACUUCUUCAAAGGAUUUUAUCGUUCAAAUGGGAGUUGCAAUAAUGAAAAUAUUAUCAGUGAUAUUUCACCAAAAAUUGAGUUAAACAAUAAAACAGAAGACGUGAGCAAAAAGAAACCGAACAAAGUCGAAUUGAAAGAACAAGAAAAUAAAAACAAAGACAAUGCGGAUGAUCGAAGCACGAAAACAAAUGGCUCCGUUCCAACUCCACAACAUACGUGUUUUCUAUGUCCUACAACGGAUGUUUACUCGAACAUGUGCACAAUCCACUGUGAAACUAUACGUGGGAAACGUGAUGGUUAUAUAUCGUAUCCGUUUCUUCGUAUUUUGUCUUCUCAAAACGAGUCAGCAUUAGUGUGUCAAAAAUGCCAUUUAACAUUAAAACUACAAUGGCUUGAUUAUGAAACAAAAAAAAUUCCAAAUGAUCAACGAACGUAUAUGGUCAAUGAUAAAUAUUAUCCGAACAAAAUCGUGUCGGUUUCGUCAUCAGCAUCCGUGACAGAUGUGGCUCAAUCAUCACUUGAUCUUCCAGUGCCUGAAGAGCAACCUGACGAAUCAGCAUCAAAGCGAUUUUGUUCAUCAUCAUCAAAGAUUCCACCGUUACUGAAACUAAUUCCUCCAUCAAUCCCCACUACUGCACAUUUGAAUGAAAUCGCCGGUUCUCCUAUUGAUCAACUCUGUUCACUAGAACAGAUUGUACGAACAAACCUAGAACAAGUCCAAGAUAUGUUUUCAUCAAAUUAUGAGCAAAUAAUGAAAACAUCGAAAUCUACAGCAUAUGAUGAAUGUCAAUUAUGUUCAUCCAUAAAACCAAAGGGUACGCUUUAUUCAUUAUCACCAGCAAGAACGUUGACAGAUGAAGAUGCUAGUCAGCCCUCAUUUCCAUUCUUACAAUCGACUAGUUUUGUAUGUACAUUAUGUUAUUUCAAUUUAAUUGAUCAAUGGACACUGUACGAGAAACAGAACAUUACUAGCGACAAAAGAAAGUAUCAGAAACCAGAAGCACAUUGUUAUCUAUGUAAUAUGUUAAUUUCAUUUCAACAAACUGAAAUCAAACUAUUAGAAACGAAUUAUUUUCCCUUUUUAUUCGAUUUGAAUUCUUUACAUCAUUCUUCAUCAUUGUAUGACAAUAAACGUUUAGCAUUAGCGUGUGAUCAUUGUUUUUAUGCAUUAUUAUUUCAAUAUAUCGACUAUGAAAAGAAAAAUGUUUCCACAGAGAAACGAAAAUACAAAUGGUAUGUUGAAUAUCCAAUUGAAAAGAUGACUAGUAUGGAAAUGAGUUAUUGA